AUGUUUCCCCAGUUAAACCAAUCACAAAGCCAUAGUAACUUGAGAAUAGAGGAUCAGCAAGUCUAAGAGAGAAGACCCUCUUAAUUCAAACCUAAAUAACUUCCAUUAUUGGGACUCUAAAAGAUAGAUCACUCUUACAGUAAAGACUAUCUCUCAUCAGGAGGUUAAAGUAUUGGAGAAUCAAAAGGAAUUUAGUAAUUGAAACUUUAAGAUUAAAAGAACAAAAUUGGAUAUGGUCGCAAGGACAUCAAACUAAAAAUAAACUCUUCAAUUGCUCUGCUAAGUCAAGACUAUGAUAAGCUAGUUAGUCUUGCGAAAUUUGUUUAAGAAAAAGAUGAGAUGGAUGCAAUGUUGAAGAAAAAUCCAUUUGGUUUCAAAUCAAUCAAUUCUACUAAUGCAGGAGGAGAUAAUGGUAAUAAUAGCACAGCAAAGACUCUUAUGAAAUCUUAAAGCUAAGGACAUAUAUCAAGGACAUUUAAGAGUUAAUUAAGUUUGAUAAAAGACAGAAAUGAUAAUAGUAAUCUUAAUUAAAAUGGACUGCUAAGCCCUCUUGAAAUAAGAUUCCUGACUGUUGCUGUAAAUCAAAGCAAGCAUUAAUAAUAUAAAAAGCAACUCAAGAACUAAAAGAAUGUCUCAGGCUACAUAUAAAGGCUUUUAAAAGAAAAGAAAGAUAAACUCAAGAAUAUAUUUGACAAUUCUGAUAACUCUAAUGGCAUGUUUAGUUUAAAUAAUACUGAAAACAUGAUGAGUAUUAUGAUGCCAGCUAAGAAAAGUAAGCCUGCUAAAUCAAAAUUUGAAACUGUCAAGUAAAAUCAAGUGGAGGAAAUUAAAGAGGAGAUGAAUGAUGAUGAUGUCAGAGAGGGAAUGAAUUUUCACUAUAAAGCUAGCUUUAAUGUUAAAAAUGAUAAGCUCUAGCUAUUUAAACUUUCAAAAAAUGAGAAAAAUUAGGCUUACCCUAUUAGUUUAGAUUAAUCAUGUGAUUCAUUGACUUCAUCUGCUAUUAUGGAAUAUACCUAAAAUACUAAUAGAUUGAUUAAUGAAAGCAUUCAAAAGUAAAAUCAAACUAAUAUUAGAUAUCCUAAAAAAUUAAGCCCUAGAGAUCUCAAAAAGCAUUUUGAACCAAGGUAAAUUGUCACAGCUUACAGCAUAUUGCAGAAGCCUAUCAAUUAUUAAGAGUUCAAAUAUAAAGGUCUGGACUUGCUAAAACUAUAAAAGUUUGUAAAAGUUUUUGAAAGAACAUUGAAUCCUUAAUAUACAGGAGCAGUAGAUUUGAGGUUAAACUAAUUUACAGCAGAAGAAGUUGAUAAAUUUUUCACAUAUAGAUUAAUGAACAAGCAUAAAGAAAGAUUUGAAGAACAUAUUAAGCAAAAAUUUCCCUAUUCAAUAGAUCAAAUUUAAUAGCUUAAUGAGCUUGAGCAAAUUGAGUAGUAGCUUAGGAAUGGGGAAAUAAUAAAAGGGUACUGGUAAGCAGUAGAUAUUAAGAGCAGCUACCCCUAAUCUAGAGAAAGUCCAAAAAUGGUUGUUGUAAAUAAGAGGAUAUAUCUAUUUGGAGGAUUUGCAAGAGAACCAUUCAACGACACUAGACUCAUAAUUGAUUUAGAGGAGAAAUAUUCCUGUUAAGUUUUCGAAAAUAGAGGUGAAGAGGGUAUUAAUUUUCCUUAAAAAAGAUUUGGACAUUCAUUAAGUGCUUACAAACAUAAUUUAGUUCUAUUCGUUACAAAGGAAUGGACCACAGAUGAUUUCGUACCGUAUGAAAGAGAUGGAGUGAUGAUUGAAGCACCUAAGAGAAGAAUGCAUCAUGCAGCAGAUGUUUUUGGCAGUUUAUUGGUAAUUCAUGGUGGGUUUUCGGGAGAGUCAAAAUAAGUUCUAAAUGACUUUUGUCUUUAUGAUUUGAAAAUGAAAUCAUGGAUUAAAUGUAUUACAACAAAGUAAAACAAGAAGAUUACUGCUAGAUAUAUGCAUUCAAUGACUGCAAUUUAUAGUCACACAGCUGAAGAAAGUUCAAAAUAUGCAAGAGGUUUAUGGGCUCAUCCAUACUAACCAAAAGGCUCAGAUAAAGAUAACUAAGUAUUUGAACCAGAAUUAAUGGGAUUGUACGUUUUUGGAGGUCUCGUACAGAGAUAAGAUUUCUUGGAUGAAGAUGAGCCAAAUAGGGAUAAUAAUGAUAAAUCUAUCAUUUAAGAAAGCAUUAAUUCCAAAGCUGAUAUCAUUAGUAGCACCCAACUGAUUUAUAGCAAUGAACUAUGGUUUAUUAAACCUGAUUACAUAGAAAAUCUAAAGAGAUUGAAGCUUAGUAAGAAUGAAAAUUAUUAAAUAAAGGAUAAAGACUACGAUUACAAAAAUAAUAAAAAGCCACCUACUCUAUGCAUUGAACUAGUAAGAUUAAAACCAAGUGGCAGGCCACCUGCUCCUAGGUGCUUACAUUCAGCAUGUGCUUUUGGUAAGUAAUACAUUGCAUAUUUCGGAGGUAAGAAUGAUAACUUUUUUAAACAAUACUAAAACAUCGCUCUCAAUGAUCUCUUUAUGUAUGAUAUAACUAAUUAUGGAUGCCAUCCCGAGGGUAGAUUCUCACAUGCGAUGGUCUCAACUUCUGAUUUUGCAGGAACGAAUAAGAUUUUGAUAUUUGGUGGAUAAAACAUGAAGAUUUAUUGCCCAUCGAACAUUUAUUAGUUUGAUACGAGUAACAAAAUCAAGAUUAAUAUGCUUUCUAUAGAUGAAUUAAACCUUGCAUUAAAGUCUAAGGUUUUCAAGGACAGGAUAGAAGAUGUCAAAUAAGAAGCUAAAAAACAUAACUAUACUUUAUGA